AGCACCCCGCUUCCGGUACAAUCUGCGGUCACGUGGUAGGGCGGGGUGCUGCGCAGAAGAGCCCUCCUGCCCUGCCUCUUGCUGCUCCCUUAGGGCGGGCUCUGGCCGGACCUACUUAACAGCAUCCCCGCCCACCCCGGAAGUGGGGCGGAGCUAGUGAAGCAUCGGUGCUCAGUGGGCGGAAGUGGCUGUGGGAGGCUUUAAGGUGCUUUAAAUUCUUGCUGUCUUGGGAGUUCCCCCACCUUUCAGUUGGAGUCGAGCUCAGCGCGACAGAUGGCUGUGGACGUGAAGUCGCGAGCAAAGCGUUAUGAAAAACUGGACUUCCUCGGGGAGGGACAGUUUGCCACGGUUUACAAGGCCAGAGACAAGAACACCAACCAAAUUGUCGCCAUUAAGAAAAUCAAACUUGGACAUAGAUCAGAAGCUAAAGAUGCUCCUUGAUGCUUUUGGACAUAAAUCUAAUAUUAGCCUUGUCUUUGAUUUUAUGGAAACUGACCUAGAGGUUAUAAUAAAAGAUAACAGUCUUGUGCUGACACCAUCACACAUCAAAGCCUACAUGUUGAUGACUCUUCAAGGAUUAGAAUAUUUACAUCAACAUUGGAUUCUACAUAGGGACCUAAAACCAAACAACUUGUUGCUAGAUGAAAAUGGAGUUCUAAAACUGGCAGAUUUUGGCCUGGCCAAAUCAUUUGGGAGCCCCAAUAGAGCUUAUACACAUCAGGUUGUAACCAGGUGGUAUCGGGCCCCUGAGCUACUAUUUGGAGCUAGAAUGUAUGGUGUAGGUGUGGACAUGUGGGCUGUUGGCUGUAUAUUAGCAGAGUUGCUCCUAAGGGUUCCUUUUUUGCCAGGAGAUUCAGACCUUGAUCAACUAACAAGAAUAUUUGAAACUUUGGGCACACCAACUGAAGAGCAGUGGCCUGACAUGUGCAGUCUUCCAGAUUUCGUGACAUUUAAGAGUUUCCCUGGAAUCCCGUUACAGCAUAUCUUCAUUGCAGCAGGAGAUGACUUGCUAGAUCUUAUACAAGGCUUAUUCUUAUUUAAUCCGUGUACUCGAAUUACAGCCACACAGGCAUUGAAAACUAAGUAUUUCAGUAAUCGGCCAGGGCCAACACCUGGAUGUCAGCUGCCAAGACCAAACUGUCCAGUGGAUGCUUUAAAGGAGCAGUCCAAUCCAGCCAUGGCAACAAAACGGAAGAGAACAGAGGCCUUGGAACAAGGAGGAUUACCCAAGAAGCUAAUUUUUUAGUUACAGAGAACACUGGACAGUAUUCUACUACUGAAGGAGAUAGUGAAAAAGGCAAAAUAGUAAACAUUAAUAAAUGCUUUAAAAGAAAUUUGUAAAUAUUCUAUACAUGUAAAAUAUGUAAAACUGGGUUAUUUUAUUAAAUGUAUUUUAAAACAAACUUAAUUCUGAUUUUUCUGAUUAGAGUGCAACAGUAAGAUAAGUUUAAUUCUCUGAAAUGUAGAGUUGAAAAUGCAUUUAAGGAAUUCUUAAUAAAAAUAACUAUCAGUUAUUUUAAUGAUCUGGCCCAUAUAGCAUUACAGAUUUGUAGUAAAGGGGGUAUUAUUUAAAAAUAGAAAGAUAGUAGUAAUAUACCAAAUACCUGCUACCCUGACUUAACAUAUGUUAAUAUACUAAAUAGGAAAAAAAAAUAACAUUACAGAUAAAAUUGAGCUCCCUUUAAUACAUCAUUCCAUUUUAUUUUUUCCUUUUUACCCUCCCCAAAAGAGAAUGGCUCUCAGGAAAUGAGUUUGUCCUUCCAUGAUUUUACACUGCUAUUUUAUAAGAAUGCAUGUAGUAGUAUACAGUACUGUUUUGGGUCUCAGAAUUUCAGUGGUAGACGGUACAUCUCAUACAGCAUUUUUAUUCUUACUCAAAACUUUAAAACUUUGAAACUUAGUUCCCCAUCCUGUAGGUCAGUUACCUCUCAUGGCUCAACUGUGUUUUUUUUGCAUAGGCCAAUAUCAAGGUGUCAGUUGGACUCUGGGCUCUUCUCUGAGGCUCUAGGGAAGAAUCUGCUUCCGAAUUCAUACAGUUUAUGCCAUUUUAAUGCACAUGCCUCCUUAUCCUUGCUGGUUGUCGGCCAGGGGCCUCUCUUAGCUUCUUAAGGCAGUCCACUUGCCUUGUUGCAUGUCACUCUCCAUCUGCAAACCGGCAACAGUGUCAAAUCUGUCUGGCUUCCUCAUCUGCUGCCAAGAGAGA